AUGUCAUGUUCAUCCCCUACGCAUAUGGGUUACCAAAGAAUCAUUCGCUUCGCCUUCCCGCUGCUGCUGAUAUUCCUCUUCCUAUACCUCAGCAUCAGCAAGCUCCCAGAUACUCCCCUUUAUGAGUGCAUUGAAGAUGGGAAGCCAUGUGCCAAGAUGGAGAAUGAUGUCAUCGCUAAGGAGGAAGUACGGGAAAAGGGGGAGGAGUCCUUCAAAGAAGACUCCUCCUACCGGCAGGUGUUAGAAAACUCGAUGAAGAACUGCAAAGGGAAGAACUUCCAGAUUGGGAAUAUGAUGCAAUCAUUUCAUGAGUGUGUGACAGGUGACAAUGAGAUCUUACUGGAGCAAUACUUAGACGGAUGGAGAGAACUGAUAAAGUUCAUGGACUCGAUGGGUUCUGUGUUCUCCUUUAUCUCUCAUGAAACAAUGACCAAAAUCAACAUCCUUCAGGGAUAUCUGGACAGUGAGAACGGAAUGAGCUACAAAACCAUCAAGUCGAUGAUAACAUACGAAUUGGAGCACAAGGUGGUGAACUUUGAAUACCUGCCUACCAAUCGGGUGCCCUCAGGCUGCCGAACCCUCUUGCGCAUGCAUCGAGCCCUUAAAUGGCUGGAAGUCUUUCUUUACAAAGUGGGCAUCAGCCCCGGGCAGGGCAGGACUUCAGAAAUGUGUGCCGAGGCCUAUCACAAGACCUUGUCCCAUUACCACAGUUGGUUCAUCCGGCAGGUUGCCGAAGUGGCAUUUUUGGCCCUGCCCCCUUUGGAGGAGAUGUACAAAGUAGUAUGUGUCCGGGACCACAAGGAAGCGAGAGUUGUCCUUUUGACCACUGUAGAUUCCAUAGUUAAGGUCUACAACAUCACGCAGGAGCUCUAUACAAUCAAUAACAUGUUGGACCUACCAUGAAAGCCAACUUUGAAAGAUUUAUAUUCGUCCUGAAGU